CGACUAUUACACGUCUUAACUGUAUUUCUCUGUUGCCUUUUUCUCCAAUCUUAACACACUACCCAUCAUCCCCUCUCAUAUUCCAGAACAAAUUCUCAGCUGUAAAACAACUCCGCCCAAAAUUCUCACUUUCUCUCUCCUCCAUUCUCUCCGAUCAAACAAACCCUAGAAAUCGUCUAAUUUUCAGAAAUGGCCUCGGCGGAAGAAGCUUUCAUGGAGGCGGUGGAGGAAGGAUUGAAGCUCUCAAAGAGGCUAUACUUCGGCAAAGACAGGUCAGUGGCGCCGCCGAAACCUUCGCCGCCGAUGUCGAAGAAUCCGAAUUUUUACCUUCCGACAGCUCCGAUGGUUUAUGCCGUAGUCUCCGACCCCGGAAUCGUCGAUAAUCCUGAUAUUCCGAGUUACCAGCCGUAUGUCUAUGGUAGAUGCGAUCCUCCUGCGUUGAUUCCUCUUCAAAUGAAUAACGUUUCAAUGGAGGUUGAUUGCUAUUUGGAUACGGUUUUCGUUAGGUUUUCUGGUGAAUGGCGAGUUCAUUGUGUCAUGGGAAGUAAGUCCUGUGAUUGUCGUCUCGCUGUUCCUAUGGGCGAGCAGGGUUCAAUUCUAGGUGUUGAGAUUGAUGUUCCGAGAAAGUCAUAUCAUACUCAAUUAGUUUCCAUAGAAGAUGAAAGGGGUAAAAAGGAACCAGGUGUUGAUGAUGGAGCAUUUUUAAGGCCCGACAUAUUUUUCUUGACAAUCCCACAGGUUGAUGGUGGAACUAAUAUUUCUAUCAAAAUAAGCUGGUCUCAAAAGUUGUUGUAUCAUGAUGGUGAGUUGUCUUUGUGCGUACCAUAUUGUUUUCCCGAGUAUGUGACUCCUGCAAGCAAAAAGAUACCACGAAGGGAGAAGAUACAGCUAAACGUCCAUCCAGGUGAUAGAAGUGAAAUUUUGUGCAAGACUAUUAGUCACCCUUUAAAGGAACGAAAACGACAAGUAGAAUGUCUUGCAUUCUUGUAUGAGUCAGAUGUUCUCACGUGGUCAAAUACAGAUUUCAGCUUCUCAUACAGCGUUCCUACAAGUUGUAUAUUUGGCAGUGUGCUCUUGCAGUCGCCAUCAAUUGAUGAUAUAGAUCAGAGAGAAAUGUUCUGCGUGCAUUUUCUUCCAGGAACCCAGCAAGGCAAAAAGGUUUUCACCAGGAAUAUUGUUUAUGUUGUUGACAUCAGUAGUAGCAUGGAAGGAAAGCCACUUGCGGCUACCAAGAAAUCAUUGUCUGCAGCACUCUCUGAGCUUUCUCCCGAAGAUAUGUUCAACAUAAUAGCUUUUAAUGGAGAGACCUUUCCUUUUUCGUCAUCUAUGAAGCUUGCCAAUCAGGAGACAAUCGAUAGAGCCAUACAGUGGAUGGAGGAUACUCUUCUGGUCGGGGAUGGCACCAACAUUUCUCUUGCUCUUGACAAGGCGAUGGAGAUGUUAUCAAAUACGCGUAAUGCGUUGCCAAUGAUUUUCCUGAUCACUGAUGGAGCUGUUGAAGAUGAGAGACGUAUAUGUAAUGUUGCAAAGAGUCGUCUGUCCAGUAUGAAACCCAUAUGUCCGCGCAUACAUACCUUUGGAAUUGGUAUAUAUUGUAAUCACUACUUUUUAAGAAUGUUGGCAAUGAUUGGGCAAGGCCAUUAUGAUGCUGCCUAUGAAGCAGAUUCAAUUGAGCCUCGUUUGCAGAAAUUAAUUACUAGAGCCUCAUCUACUGUAUUUGCAAAUAUAGCCUUUGAUACAUUAGAUGAGCUUGACAAUGCCGAGGUGCACCCAAUCAAUGUUCCAGAUCUUUCAUCAGAAAGCCCAUUGACAAUAUCAGGAAGAUACAGCGGAAAGUUUCCUGAAGUUGUCAAAGCAAGAGGCAUUAUCGCUGACAUGACCUGCUAUGAGAUGGAUCUGAAGGUUCACAAGGCCAAGGCAAUCCCUCUUGAUAAAAUAUUGGCCCUGCAGCAAAUUACUAUUUGCACAUCUAAAGCAUGGUAUUUGGAGGAUAAACAACUUGAGAAAAAGAUUGCAAAAAUGAGCAUUCACAAUGGCAUUGUCUCAGAGUACACAUCUAUAGCCUUAUUAAUGACUGAGACCCUGAACAAAGAGGCAGAAGCAGUUGCUAAGCAGAAGAAAACACCGAGCAAAACUGAAGCAGAAAAGACAGACCCUAAGCCGCCCCAAAGACUAAAAGUGUUGAAAAAUAUUGGCAUUGGGUUUGGAAAUGUGAAGGCAACCGCUAAAAACAUCUCUCCAGGUUUUAAUGAACCAAAACCACCAGAAGCAGCUGAAGUAUUCGCGAAGGCAGCCUCAGAUUGCUGCACAACGGCGUGUGGAUAUUGCUGUUGUAUGUGCUGUGUAGAGGCGUGUUCAAAGGUCAAUAACCAAGCCGCGGUUGUUUUCACUCAGCUUUUAGCAUCGCUAGCUUGUCUUGGUUGCAUUACAUGCUGUAUAGAAAUAUGCUGCCCGGGAAACGACAACUAAAUGAUACAGUUGAUGGGGUAAACUUCGUAGCAAUUAUAUUUAUACUUUUAGAAAUUUGUGUUUAUAGGCUUAUAGGGUCAGUUCUUAACUGUAAAUUACCAAAUCUACAAUUUUAUUUCCCUGUAAGUAAAUAUAUACACUUCCCACUUAUAUAUCUUAUUCAAUCUACUAUGCAAGUUACAUACGCAACAACAUUAUGUACAGGAAUUAGUUAUAAGUUAACCCCUCUUGUUUUGUGUUGAUUCUGAAAAUAA